AUUUUAUCGAUAACACCACGGUCACACUGAUUAUUUAGCAGCGAGUCGAAAUUCCUUGAGAAAAUGGCCCUGAGACUAAUCAACAGCGCUGUUCUGCGCCAGCUGGCUUCCCAGCUGCCCAAGAGCGCCCAGGUGGGCAGCGUGGUCGGCGUCCACACCCUGGACAAGAUCGGCAAGCGGGAGAUCGUUGGCUACGGCUGGAACGGCACCGCCUGCUACGCAGAUCGCGUGGACUACCCCAUGCCCGCCGUCCGUUUCCGUGAGCCCAACAACGAGAUCAACGCGCUGCGCACCAAGGAGCAGGGCGACUGGAAGAAGCUGAGCCGCGAGGAGAUCAAGGCCCUGUACCGCGCCAGUUUCUGCCAGACCAUCGCUGAGGUCCAGGCUGGAACCGGUGAGUGGAAACUGCAUCUGGGCGUUGCCCUGCUCUUCAGCGCCGCUGCCAUCUGGGUGGCCGUCCUGAUGAACCUCUUCGUGUACGAUGAGCUGCCCGUCACCUUCGACGAGGAGCACCAGAAGGCCCAGCUGAAGCGCAUCAUCGACCUGGAAAUGAACCCCGUCACCGGCUUGACCUCCAAGUGGGACUACGAGAACAAUAAGUGGAAGAACUAAGUCCGCUACCGUUUAAUUAUUCCGCUAUUUUGUGUGUGAUUAAGUUAGCCGACUUCUAUGUGUAUUAAGUGGAAGCAAGAUAGUCGAAAUUAAAGUUAUGGCUGCUGCCUAAACUAAACCAA